AUGGAAGACAAAUCAAAUUCGUUCUCCAGCAACAAAGAAGGGGAGAAAGCGGAUGGGAAUAAUGUAUUUCAAAGGCAAGACUCGAUACAGAAGAAUAAUAUGGGGAGCCAGAACAUGAAAGGAGGGGACCAUGGAAACUCGGUGGGCUUCAAGGGGGAGCGGGAGGAAGCCUUGGUCGGGUUCGACGAUAUAGACGGGUCCGGGAACCGACAUGGCUUUAUGCAGCGGCAAUUUGGAGCGAUGAUGCAGCCAGGUGUCAAUAAGUUUUCCCUGCGAAUGUUCGGCAGUCAGAAAGCCGUUGAGAAAGAGCAAGAAAGGGUCCAAACGGCUGGAUACUGGAUCAUUCAUCCCUAUAGCGAUUUUAGGUAA